GUUCAAUGGAUUCCUCAAGUACGGGAAGUCUGCAACUGUUUUUGUGUCCCUGAAAUCUGUUUAUCACAUUCUGUUUUUCAUAAGCGCAGCUACCCAAACAUAAAGUUGACAAACAAUGAGUUACUAGAUCCUGGACAUCUUGUCUAAGAUUGAGCAGAGCCUAUUUAUCUACUUUUGCUAACUCAGCAACAUCUAAUUUAACUUAUCAUCUUAGCUUUCCUAAAAUUCUUAAUUCUUCAAAAUUGGGUCUCAGAAGGCCCCACAAAAUGUCCCAUAUGCCAUUUUAUUUUAUUUUGUUUUUUAAGGAGAAUAGGAAGGGUCUACUAGGCCUCUUGCCGGGGGGGGGGGUGAAGGCAAUGAUGAAGCAGAUGAUGACGACAUUGCAAGCUUUCAAAUUAGAAACAAAUCAACUACGCACGGUUAAUGCUUUGUAAAUACAUUGCAUACAAUUUCUACUGACAAGCAAAUACAUAAGUUACGGUCCAGAAUUACAGUCGCCUCUUCGCAUUCCGCCUUGAAGACAAGCGCUCCCAUGUCUGCUGGCAGUCAAGAGAAGCUAUAAGCACAACGCUUAUCUUUCAAAGCUACGCGGCCUAGCGCGAUUUCUGACACAACAAACGCACGGAGCGAUUGAACAACGUCUGAGCACCGGGCGCCUCCGGCCGCGCCCGGGCACCGCCCCGUGCCCGCCGCGGCCGCGCUGCCCCGGAAGCGCUCCCGCCGCCGCCUGCGGGAACAUGGCCGAGUCGCCGGAGGAGGUGGCGGUGCUGGUACAGCGGGUCGUGAAGGACAUCCGCAACGCCUUCCAGCGGAACCCACACAUAGAUGAAAUUGGAUUAAUACCCUGCCCUGAAGCCAGAUAUAACCGGAGCCCUAUUGUCCUGGUAGAAAACAAGCUUGGUGUGGAGAGCUGGUGUGUGAAGUUUCUUUUGCCAUAUGUCCACAAUAAACUUCUCCUCUACAGACAGAGAAAACAGUGGCUGAACAAGGAUGAGCUGAUAGAUAUCACGUGUACCCUGCUACUGCUGAACCCCGACUUCACCACUGCUUGGAAUGUAAGGAAAGAAUUAAUACUGUCUGGCACUUUAAAUCCACUUAAAGAUUUGCAUCUUGGAAAACUGGCGUUAACCAAGUUUCCAAAAAGUCCAGAAACAUGGAUUCAUAGACGAUGGGUGCUGCAACAGCUAAUUCAGGAAAACUCCUUGCCCAGUCUUGCAACUAAAGGAAACUUGGGAGCAGCACCUGUGGAGAGGAUUCACCGACUAGUGCAGGAGGAAAUGAAUGUCUGCUCUGAAGCUGCUGGGAGAUAUCCAAGCAACUACAAUGCCUGGUCCCAUCGCAUCUGGGUUUUACAGCAUUUGGCAAAACUCACUGUCAAGGUUCUCCUCGAUGAACUUUCAUCCACUAAAUAUUGGGUAUCCAUGCAUGUCUCAGACCAUAGUGGAUUUCAUUACCGCCAGUUCUUACUCAAUUCCUUGAUACGCCGAACGAUGACUGACAAAAACAUACUGGUACAAAAUCAAGUGGUAAAUGAACAAAAGAAGGAGGAAGAGAGUGCAGGGACGGAAGCUGCCUGUGCAGAGGAGCAAAACGUGGAUCUUCCCCACCAUUUAGAUGAAGAGAUGGAACUCUGCAGUGAACUGAUUGACAAUUACCCAGGGCAUGAAACCUUGUGGUGUCAUAGAAGGUGUGUAUUCUACCUUCAGCAGCACUUAAGCAACAAACUUCCUCUCAUGAGUACAGCGGUAUCUGUGGACAGCAGUGAUGAAAGUCUGAAUAAUUUCCACCACAGUCCUGCAACAAGUCACAUGGCACAAGCUAUGGAUGUUGAUGGUUUGAAUGAAUCCAGCAGCAAACAAGGUUAUACCCAAGAAACAAAACGCCUGAAGCGUGCUCCUGUGCAGGACUCUCUUGGUCCAGAAAUGGAAUACCGGUUUGUUGAUAAAGUUUUAUCAACAUGUAGGGAUGUGGACCAAGCCAGGUUUGCUACUGCUUAUAGGAAAUGGUUAGUUACUUUUUUAGGUCAGUGAAGGAAACGUUGAAAGCUUUCAGGGUUCUUCUCUUAGUGCAAUAUUCUCUUUUCAGACACAAUUGCAUGUCUUGGUUGAAAGUGUUAGCUAGCUUUAUGUUUCUCUCUGUUUUGAUGGUCAGUCAUAAAGCUAAAUUUCAGAGUAAACAUCUGUCACUUUAUUAAAGAACUGGCAUACAUUUUUAUUAAGCAAAUGCAUUUUGUUACUUAAUCUCUCAAAGAAAUCACUUUUACCGGCUUCCUACCAUGACAUUUUCUCCUUUUUUUUUAACUUCUGCAUUAAGGUGGACUCUGAAUCAUUUGACUUUAAAAAAAAAGAGGUAAAAGAAAAAAAGUUUGAAAUGCUUGUGAAACAGAGUGUCUGAAAAAAAUGGGAGAAUCUAUCAGUAUCAGCUAAACUUGUUCCCAGUUUGUUCCUGUAUGGCAUCCUGCUAGUACCUUAUUGGAUCCAGACUGUAUUUGUUGAGUGCUAUUAUUUUUGUAUAGCAGUCUUUGGUAGAACACCAGAAUACAGAGUUUCUUUCUGAAGGCUUCAGUAACAGUUUUGGAGCUGUGAUGCCUUUUACUGUUUUAACUUGGUUUUUGUUUGCUUAUUAAUUGUCAUGUUAGCUUGAUAGGAAGGUCUAUAAGGUUGAAAUCUUGAUAAGCAGAUACAGGAAGAUGUGGCAGAAAAUAGUUCAAACACAUGUUCAUCCACAAUCAGAGCUGUAUUUGGCUGUAUUUGUGAAUCGUUUUCUUAAAACAGACUACCUUCAUUUCUUACUUGGUGUUUAUUUAUUUAUCUCAACAAUCCAGAUUUAAUCACACUUGAUACACAUUUCUGAAUGUCUUUUUUUACACUACAGAUUCUCACCCUCCCAAAUCACACAUUGGUAACUUGUACUUAAUCAAGUCCAAUAUUGGAUAGCUCUUCCAACUGAUGAUUGAGACCAUACAGUUAAAAAAAACA